GAUAAUUCUAUUCACUCACUAACAAUACAAAUAUAGACCCCCCACCCCCAUUUCUUUCUAUUUUAUUCCCUCCCUCUCUUUCUCUUGGCGGAAAAAGGGUUUGCAAGUUGGGAAACUGUUCAGCCGCCCCCCGGUUGGAAUAGGUGUUGAAGUUACGAGAUCUAAUCUAUGUAGUUGUUGAUCUGAAGAUCUGUGCUCAAAUAUCAGUGUUUCUCAUUUGAUCCGUUUGGAAAAAAGCAAGAGAUGUCGAUCGGUGUGAUGAAAAUGUUCGACGAUAUGGCGUUUUGCGGUGAUCUGGAUCUGUUUUGCGCACCUUUGGCCGAUGAUAUGACUAUGAUCCCACAACCUGAGACAGAUCCGGUCGAUGAUGAUUAUUCGGAUGAAGAUAUUGAUGUCGAUGAGCUUGAAAGGAGGGUUUGGAGAGACAAAAUGCGUUUGAAACGUUUAAAGGAGAUGAAUAAAGGGAAAGAAGGAAUGGAUUCAGCAAAACAGAGACAAUCACAAGAACAAGCUAGGAGAAAGAAGAUGUCUAGAGCACAAGAUGGGAUCUUGAAAUACAUGUUAAAGGUUAUGGAAGUUUGUAAAGCUCAAGGAUUUGUUUAUGGAAUCAUCCCUGAGAAAGGUAAGCCAGUUAGUGGAGCUUCAGAUAAUCUCCGGGAAUGGUGGAAAGGCAAAGUUCGAUUUGAUCGAAAUGGUCCUGCUGCGAUCACGAAAUACCAAACUGAUCAUGCCAUUCCUGGGAAAGACGAUGGACUGACUGCGGUUGGCCCGACACCACACACUUUGCAGGAACUGCAGGACACCACUCUCGGGUCUCUGCUCUCGGCCCUGAUGCAACACUGCGAUCCGCCUCAGAGGCGAUUCCCUUUAGAAAAGGGAGUCGCCCCGCCUUGGUGGCCUACUGGAACCGAGGAUUGGUGGACUCAUUUGGGUCUUCAAAAGGAACAAGGUCCACCUCCUUACAAGAAACCGCAUGAUUUGAAAAAGGCGUGGAAAGUUGGAGUUCUGACUGCGGUUAUAAAGCAUAUGUCGCCUGAUAUAUCGAAAAUUCGUAAGCUUGUUCAACAAUCGAAGUGUUUGCAGGAUAAGAUGACGGCUAAGGAGAGUGCUACUUGGCUUGUUAUUAUUAACCAUGAGGAGGCUUUGGCUCGAGAGCUUUACCCCGAUUCGUGCUUGCCUCCUUCAAAUGUUUGUGGUUCUUUCGUAAUCAACGAUGGUAUGGAGUAUGAUGUGGAAGGUGUUUAUGACGAACCUGAACAGAAACCUAGGUUACCUGAAAUGGCGACGAAUUUGGAUUUCUCGAGGAAGAGGAAACCUAGUAAUGAACUGAACAAUCCGAUUGACCCUAAGAUGUAUAGAACCAACCAGCCUUCGGUUAUUGGAAUGUCUGCGUUUCCUCCUGUCAACGAUGCUAAACCGGUCUUUUUCCAUCAGCAGUCGAGUCCAAUACAGCCAAUAUCAUUUGAUCUUGCUGGAUAUGGAGUUCCGGAAGAUGGGCAAAAGGUGAUAAACGAUCUAAUGUCAUUUUACGAUACGAAUGUGGUAGAUAAACCGAAAGGUCAGAUUCAGAUUCAAAAUCUGCAGCAGCCGAAUGACGGUUAUAUGAUAAACGGUGGUCAAGCUCAAGCUCAAGUUGACUCGAGCUACUUCGAGAGCUUUCAUAUGAUGUUUGGAUCGCCAUCGCCGUUUAAUCCACAUCCCGGAAUUGUGGAUUAUACAGAGGGGUUGCCAGGGAAGCAGGACAAUCCAAUCUGGUUCUAGAAAAAGGGUGAAUCUAUGUGUUUAAGGUUGUUUAUUUAAGUAGAUGUUGUUUUUUAAGUAGAUGUUGUUAUUAUUAAAUCUGUUGUUUUUAAGGUAAGGUGUGUUUGUAAAUCUAGAUUAUUAUGGCCUUUUGUUCUUACAAUGGCCUUAAUAUGCUUUUGGUAUGCUUUCUUUGGUAUGGAACUCUUCUAUGUAAUAUAAAUAAAUUUUGUAAUAUACAUGUGUUUCUUUAUCU